AAGGGUGGUGGGGUCGGGUGGUUAUGCUUCUAUUAUUCUACUUAAGUGUGUGUGAGGGGUUGUGUCAGUGUUACUUGCAUGGAUUCUCUUACACUUCUUGUAUUGCCUUGGUGGUGAGAGAGGUUGGGUGUGGCCAGCAGGCUUGUAUUCUGUUUUUAAUGUAUUGGACAUUUUCCAAAGUGGUCCUAGAAUGUAGGUAUGGAAGUCUUCCCCCUAGCUUCUCCCAUAAAUCAAUAAACCCCUAAUAGUGCUCUGCAGGGCAAAAUGUUCCUCACUUCAAAAUGCCCCCAUCCCCAAAUGAGUGUUGUUGUUUUUAAAAAAAUACAAUUUGGCUUCUCACCGUUGAUACCAAAGAAGACCUUUUUCCCUAUGGCUUUUAGCCAGUCUCUCUCUCUCUCUCUCUCUCUCUCUCUCUCUCUCUCUGUGUGUGUGUGUGUGUGUUAGAGAGAGAGAGAAACUCAUUCUGAUCAUGGUGGGUGAAUGAUGAGAGAAGUAUUCCCUCAUCCUGUGUACCACCUCCUUCUAAGAAUUGCCUCUUCCCCCACCCCGACCCAUGCCCACCCACCUAUAAUUUUAAACAGAAAAAAUAAGAUGUGUAAAAUGACUGGUUUAGCCCUUAUUGAGUUUCUUUCCUAUGUCUGAAAAGGUAGACCCUGUGAAGGCAUGAAAGAAGGGAAGUAGGUCAACAGUGCCAGGUGUGAUUAUAAUAGGCAGUUGGUGAAGGUGGCUCCCUGUUUGACACUUAAUCCACAAAACAAGAAGCAAUAUAGAAUAACAGCAACCGUUGUGCAAUGUCCAUCAGACUCAGCACCCCGUCAUCAUUGGGAACCAUUGCUUGACAGCUGCUUUCUUAAGGCUUUUCUUCAUUGCACACCACAUGCCUAGGAGAAACUGCACAUUUAGCUCCUUGUGCGCUGAUGAUGGAAGUGGUACCGUUUUCUGGUAGUUUUCUGGUCUUCCUAGUAGUUGCAAGACACUUCCUUUCCUUUUGUUGGGUGCAGAAUUGCCCACUCUAAGGCUGAUGUCUUCUCUUUGUCUGUUGAAAAGAAUUCUUUCACUCAUUUAUCUAUCGUUUUAUGUCAAAUGAUGUGAAUAUACGGUAGUCAGAUGGCUAAUAUGCAGGGCUGGUCCAAAACACUUUGCGGCCUGAGGCCACUGCUCCCAUUCCUUGUACAGAAACCAACCAGCUGGGGAGUUGAGCCUUAUUUCAGUACUGGAGAUGGAGACUAGCUUACACCCCACUCUGCAAUCCAACACUUUGCCACACCCCCUGCCCUCGUCAUCUACUGCCUGAGACAGCCACCUCACUUCACCUAAUGGCUGGACUGGCCUUGCUAAUAUGACCAUAAAGGGGACAAUUGGGGUAAUUUGGAAGUUGCCAACUUAGUGGCCCUUGGUGCCAUGGUGCCCAGGAAGCCUUCAUUGGCACCUUCAGGCAGAAGCCCCAGAUUCUGAGUUUUCUUGUUUUAAAAAGUAGGUCUCUAGCCCUCCUAGAAAAAGGGUCAUGAAACAAAACGUGCAGGUACUCUUCCAAGCAAUUUCUGUGAAAUGUAGCAGCCCAGCUCCUCUCACCUGUCCGUGUUUUUAACCAAUGAGUGAAGUCACAGCUGUGAUUGAUAAGUGAGUUGUUUGGACAUCGGGGAAUAGGAAUCCCUGGGGUUCUAAAGAGUUGUUUUCCUCUCUUUAUUGCAUUUCCCCUGCUUCUUUCUUACUUCCUAUUCCUUGGAUCCACCUGUUUUGUUUUGCUGCCUGAUAUGGAGCAGGUGGCGUCAGCUUCUUGACAAGCCUUUUUUAAAAAAGUGUGUUGAGGUAGUGGAAGAAGCACAGGAAACCUUCAUUUUGCUGCCUUCUGGCCAUGUGGAACACUGGGCAGACAGCUGCUUGAGGAACUUUUGGAAAAUGUUGAGGUGAGGAAACAAAUGCAGGAACCUUCCCACUCAUGCUGUGUUUUGUUUUGCUACCUACUGGUACAUGGAGCAGGCAGCUGCUUGGGAGAGGCUUCCAUUGAACACAGGGGUGGGGCUGUGAGUGAGAGGGUAGGGCAUCCCUUUUUCUUUUCUUUUCUUUUGUUUCUGCUGCUUGCCCCACAGCAGGGAUUGCUCCAAGGUUGUCUUUUGGGGGCAGGGGAGAGCUCAGUGGAAAUGCAGAAACAUUACAAGUAUUGUUAUUGCCUCCUCAUACAGAGUUUUGAGAAGCUUGUAGAUGACGUUCAGCCUCAAACAUCACACUACUCUGGGCCAGAAUUGUUCAGCUACUACUCCGCAUCAAUGAGCCCACCAAAGCGAUGCCACGUGAUGCAACUCUCUCAAGCAGUUGCACAAACAGAAGUGAGGGAUGCUCCUUUGAUGUCGCCUAUUAGCUUGGGCUUAGAAGCAAGCUGCGUCCUGCAAUAUGCCGUUCAGCCACAAGGCUGCCAACACUUGACAUGGAAUCCUGGAGGGUCAGGGUUCAGCCCCAAAUUGACGAGCCACGCCGGGUUAUGGUAUGGAAUUACAGAUGACAAUUUAUAUAUAGAUUUUGUUGGUCCUUAGAAAAAUGAGCUAACAGUG